AUGGAACAAGGACUCAUGUUUGCGACAGUCGCAAUUCCAAACAUCUCGCACGCCUUUUACCUUUUCAAAUCUCUCUCUCUCUCCCUCUCUUUUCCUCGAACCCCGAAACAGAGCCGAUCAUAUUUGACGGGGAAAAACAAUCUAGGCGUUGAACUUUUGAAUUUCUUGGAACCAUCACGAUCGGAGAAUUUUCCUCCAGAUUCUACAGCCCUGGCGAAGCUAUACAGGGAGGAGGAGUUAAAGGCCAUGGAAGAAGAAGACGAGGAAGGGAUGUUCGAGGACGCUGUUUCGAAUGUCGCUAGAGCCAGGACUCGGUUGUCGGUGAUCACGGAGGCGUUCGAGGAUCUCGCCGGAAUCCUGAAUUCCCGCCGGAAAGUGCGGCGGAUGGGCUGCGGGGCAUCGGAGGAGGAAGAGAUGGGGCUGAGACUCGACGCCUUCUGCAGCGCGUGUGCUCACGUCUCUGUUCUCUUCGAAUGUCUCGGCCUCGCCUUCAAAUUCGCCGAGAUGGAGUACGUCUCCAAGGUCAGAAAUCUAAUCGAAGCAUCGAAAACAUUCAACACAUUACAAGACAUAUUGGAUCUGGAUGUCGAGAACGACACGGUCAAGACACCGGGAAGCAAUUCGAGGAAUCUCCGCCGCGUUAGGCAAGGCCUCGACCUCAUCCGAGCCAUCUUCGAACAGUUCUUAACCACCGACGGAUAUUCAUUGAAAGACGCCGCCACAACGGCAUACACGGAAGUUUGCGCACCGUUCCAUACAUGGGCCGUACGGACGGCGGUUUACGCCGGAAUGUAUACGCUCCCGACGAGGGAACAGCUUCUGGUUCGGCUUAACGAAACAGAUCGAUCGGUGGAGAAGAACAUGCGGAGGUACAUUGAAGCGUCACGUCCGAUUAUAGCGUAUAUCGACAAGCUUUACAUCGUUAGGAACAUUACAUUGGACUGGUAACAGUAUUUUUUUUACGAUCUGAUUGGAAAAAAAAAGUGGGUUCGUCGUCAUGGGUCUUGCAUUUUAUGCAUGAAGUAUAUAUACACUACACUCCAAGAUUUAUACGUACUUCGUAUAUUUAUGUUGU